AUGGCUCAUUCUUCCAUUGAAGAGCUUGAGCCAGAGGAGAUGGAUUUUCCCCUCCUGCCAUCCUCAUCAUCAAGCAUUUACCCAGAGGACUUACCAUAUGUUCAUAGGGUGGGAGUGCCUACCAGACACAACCUCUUCAAGGAAAUCACUGCAACAAUCACGGAGAUAUUCUUUCCAGAUGACCCUUUGCGUCAAUUCAAAGGCCAAUCUGCUUCAAAAAAGUUUAUGUUAGGCCUGCAAUCAAUUUUCCCAAUUUUAGAGUGGGGGAGAGAUUAUGAUUUAACAAAAUUCAAAGGAGAUCUCGUUGCCGGACUCACCAUUGCUAGCAUUUCUGUACCCCAGGAUAUUGGAUAUGCAAAGCUUGCAAGUCUUGCUCCUCAAUAUGGGCUUUACUGUAGCUUUGUCCCACCAUUGACAUAUGCCUUCUUGGGGAGUUCGAGGGAUAUAGCCAUUGGACCAGUUGCUGUGGUGUCUCUCCUGAUGGGUUCCAUGAUCAAGAAUGAGUUUGAUCCUGUUAACAACGCGGCUGAGUAUACUCGACUGGCAUUUACAGCCACUUUUUUUGCUGGUAUCACUCAAGCUGCUCUUGGGUUUUUUAGAUUAGGAUUCUUGAUUGACUUCCUAUCUCAUGCCACUAUAAUUGGGUUUAUGGGUGGAGCUUCCAUUACAAUUGGUCUUCAACAGCUUAAAGGUUUUCUUGGCAUACAAAACUUCACACAGAAUAGUGAUAUUGUGUCUGUUAUGUGCUCUGUGUUUAGUGCAGCACCUUAUGGGUGGAGCUGGCAGAAUGCACUUAUUGGAGCAUCAUCCUUGAUUUUCCUUCUAAUUGCCAAAUAUAUUGUAAGUGUCCCCAUUCAUGUACCUCUAUUUACCUAGGGUUUUAUAGUGUUUAAAGUCCUCUAACCCUUGCGUGGUAUGAGAGAAAACAGGGAAAGAAGAAUAAGAAGCUUUUCUGGGUGUCUGCAAUUGCGCCAUUUACUUC